CACAAGUUAGUCAAGAAGGAAAUUGGAUAUGUUGCUUCUCUUCCUAGUAGCUAUACCUUUCAUUGUAAUUUUCCUUGUAAAACUUGGAUACACACAUAAUCAUCCACCAAGUCCCCCUGGACUUCCACUUCUUGGAAACUUGUAUCAAUUAAAUCAAGAAUCCCCUCAUAUAUACCUAUGGAAACUUUCAAAGAAAUAUGGUCCUUUAAUGUUCAUGAAGCUUGGUUUUUCCCAACUAGUUGUUAUUUCAUCAGCAAGAAUUGCUAAAGAAGUUCUAAAAACUCAUGACUUUGCAUUUUCUGGUAGACCAUCGUAUCUUGGCCAAAGAAAGUUAUCAUACAACGGCUUGGAUGUCGCCUUUUCGCCUUACAACAAUUAUUGGAGGGAGAUGAAAAAGAUUUGUACCUUACAUCUCUUUAGUCCCAAAAAGGUACAAUCUUUCCGUCCAAUUCGUGAAGAUGAAGUAUCCAGGAUGAUCAAUCGCGUAACAGAACUUGCAUCAUCGUCAAAAUUGGUUAAUCUAAGUGAGAUUAUGUCGUCUCUAUCGAGCAACAUAUCGUGUAUUGUUGGAUUUGGUAAGAGAUAUGAUGAGAAAGGCUAUGAAAGUAAGAGGUUUAGCAAACUUUUAUGUGAAGCUCAAGCUAUGAUCGGAGGUUCCUUUCUCUCUGAUCACUUCCCAAUUUUCGGACGUUGGAUUGAUUGUAUAGUCACAAGAAAGGCUACUCGACUCGAAAAGAUUUACAAUGAGUUAGACUUGUUUUAUCAAGAACUCAUUGAUGAACACCUUAGCUCAACUAGACCAAAAUCAAUGGAUGGUGAUAUUGUUGAUAUGUUAAUUGUCUUAAAAGAUCAAAAUCUAUCAUCGUCGUCUUUGAAUCUCACUUGGGAUCAUAUCAAAGCUGUGCUAAUGGACAUAUUUAUUGCUGGAACGGACACGAACGCUGCUGCAUUAGUGUGGGCGAUGACAGCUUUGAUGAAGGAGGGGGGAAGCGCGAUGAGGAAAUUACAAGAAGGUAUAAGAGAAUUGGUCGGGAAAAAAGGAAGAGUAGACGAAGAUGAUAUCCAAAAUCUCCCCUAUCUCAGGGCAGUUAUAAAGGAGACAUUGAGAUUGUACCCACCCACUCCACUAAUACCAAGAGAAACAAUCGAAAAAUGCAGCAUAGAUGGAUAUGAAAUCAAACAGAAUACUCCAGUUUCUAUCAACGCGUGGGCAAUAGGUAGAGAUCCUGAAUGUUGGGUAAAUCCAGACGAGUUUAUUCCUGAUAGAUUUUGUAAUUUAAACAACAAUGAUAGCAUCGACUACAAGUCAGGGGAAUUUGAAAUGAUUCCGUUUGGAGGUGGUAGGAGAGGGUGUCCCGGGAUUUCACUAGGAGUAGCAACAGUGGAGCUCGCGCUCGCCAAUCUUCUCUAUGCAUUUGAUUGGGAAUUGCCUUAUGGGAUGGUAAAAGAAGAUAUUGAUAUCGAUACUUUGCCAGGUAUGACCAUGCACAAGAAGAAUCCUCUAUGUCUGGUGGCAAAAACCUAUUACAAUAAUAGUUAAUAUAGUCAUGCUUCUCUAUAACAGGGUGAUUUGUUUGAAUAUUUUUCGAUUUCUAUAGGAAGAUGUUGUGAUAGGAGAACAUAUAAUAAAAUAUUGUCAGUCUCACAGACGAUGGUUGUUAUAGAAAAUGUGUGACUGUAGCUAUCCUCUU